CUCUCUCAGGUAGUCUCCAUAAUCCUCUCCAAUUUUGCGUCUUUUAUUUGAGUAAUUGGGUUCCCUAGCUAGGUUUGGUUCUCUGCAUUUCAAUUUCCUGUAGUAUUUUAUUCAGAUGUGGUAUACAUUAUGACUUUUCGUUAGGUUUAUUCAGAUUUGAUCUUCAUGAAUUCAAGAACUAUUGGGCCAUCCUCUGUUUCCUGCAAAUCGGGAAACAAUAACAGCUUCUUUUUCUGGAUUUUGUUUAACCUGUUGCCAAAGUUUCUGGGGACUCCUACUACAUACGUUGACUUCCUUUUGAUUAAGGCCAUUGAUAGGAGUCCCUCUGCUCUUCGUGUCUUGGAGAUUUGCACAGAGAUCACGAUUUAGCCGUGAUAUAUUUGGCCAACUGCAGUUAGUAUGUGUAGGGAGUGAUUGCUUCAACUAUCUGCAGUUGGCAUCCUAAUAAUACCUGGUAACAUGGUUUCCUCUCAAUUAUCUAGGAUGACCAAGACCAACAUGUGCAAGCCAUUGCUUAGCCAGUUGUUUUUUUCUGAGAACCCUCCAGACAGUCUAGUGUCAGACCACGUUGAGCUAGACUUUACUGAUGUAUUUGGUCCUUUGCCAGUUCAGGCAUCAACUGAUGUGAAUUGUGGUGAUUUGGCAAAUCCUUUGACCGGGACAGAUAUUACUGAGCUUAUUUACGAUGAACCAGUUGUCAUUUACAGCCGAUCACAUUCAUUGGUUGGUCCAUCAUCUUGUGUUAGCCAGUCACUGAAGCUCAGUAAGCUCACUUUACAUGAGACAGAAGAUUCUAUGGAACUAGCGGAACUUGAGGAAUCAUCCAUAGAUGAUGAGGCUGUUGAGAAAGCUGUUGAGAAUGUUAGUGGAGAUUCUUUGGAGGUCCUAGGCAUAAGGAUUGAAGAUUUUGAGGUUCUGAAAGUUGUUGGGCAAGGUGCAUUUGGGAAAGUUUAUCAGGUUAGGAAGAAGGGCACAUUAGAAAUAUAUGCAAUGAAAGUCAUGCGGAAGGACAAGAUAAUGGAGCAGAAUCAUGUUGAGUACAUGAAAGCUGAGAGGGACAUUCUGACAAAAAUAGAUCAUCCUUUCAUUGUGCAGCUUAAAUACUCCUUCCAAACCAAAUAUAGAUUAUACCUUGUUUUGGAUUUCAUCAAUGGGGGUCACCUCUUUUUUCAGCUCUAUCACCACGGCCUUUUCAGAGAGGAUCUGGCUCGUAUAUAUGCUGCUGAGAUUGUUUCUGCGGUAUCCCACCUUCAUGCAAAUGGUAUAAUGCAUAGGGAUCUUAAACCUGAAAAUAUCCUGUUGGAUGCCGAUGGCCAUGUAAUGUUGACUGAUUUUGGCCUGGCAAAGCAAUUUGACGAAAAUACAAGAUCAAACUCUUUGUGUGGAACAGUUGAGUAUAUGGCACCUGAAAUUGUUCUUGGAAAGGGCCAUGAUAAGGCUGCAGAUUGGUGGAGUGUGGGAAUUUUAUUAUAUGAGAUGCUUACCGGAAAGCCUCCUUUUAUCGGUGGGAACAGGGAGAACAUUCAACAGAAGAUUGUUAAGGAUAAGAUCAAGCUACCAGCUUAUUUGUCAAGUGAAGCACAUUCUUUGUUGAAAGGGCUGCUACAAAAAGAUGCCAGCAAGCGCCUAGGAAGUGGACCUACAGGAAGUGAAGAAAUUAAGCGUCACAAGUGGUUGAAGCCAAUCAAUUGGAAGAAGUUGGAGGCAAGGGAAAUUCAGCCCAGUUUCCGUCCAGAAGUAGCUGGGAAACUCUGCAUUGCAAAUUUUGAGAGGCGAUGGACUGAAAUGCCACUGUCAGAUUCUCCAGCUGCCAGCCCCAAAAGUAAUGUGAAUCCUUUUGUGAACUUCACUUACGUAAGACCCGCUGCCUCGUUCCUUCAAAAGAACAGCCGUGUAUUGUAGCUGCCAUGUUUAUGUGGUGUGAUUCUGAAAAAUUCAUUUAGGUAUUGUUUUAUGGGAUAUGUAGUUUCAAUUCGCAAGGAUAGUUGUGCCAAUGAAUAAAGUUCAUUUCGAUUGUUGAAUUGUGUUUGAUAUUCUUAAUUAAGAUGUAUACAUUCAGACAAAACGCUCCCUGUGGGCGUUUGAGAGUAUAAUAUGUUCUAGAAAUUGAUGACUUA